GCGCUCGGCCGCCUGGGGUCCGUCUGCAGGGCGGGCAGGCGGGGGUAGGCCCGGCAGCCUCGGUGGGGUGGUCCCUCCCCCGCUGAGGGCAGCGGCGGUGGGUGCCGGGCCGCUCCUCAAGGAGGCCUGCUGCUGCUGCUGCUCAUCCUGAAGGAGCGAUGUGCGCUGCUCCUCAGGAGCAGCGAGGCUCGCUGCCUCAGCUGUAGGCUCCCAGUGUUGGAGGGGGUGAUGGGAUGUGUAGCUGCACUUCAGAGCUGAUUUUUCCUGUUCUUUCAUGCCGAGUGUGGGCAGUUCUGUUUUUCUACAGUUUUCGAGUAAGCCUUACAAUGGAGAUAAAAGCAGUUGUCAGAAGAUAUGAAACAAGAAAUAAGACAGCAGGAACAGAACUGUCAUCCAAAUCUCGAGUUGAUUGGAGACGCACUAAAAGGGAGCUCAUAGUACUUGACAGCGAUGACGAAUCCUCCUGUACCUCUGAGGAGGGAGACCCUACUGCAUCAGAAGAUGAAGUAGAGGAAGAAGAUGAAACUGUUGAGAACAGCCUUUCAGAUCAGGUAGAGAAAAGCCACGAUGGGGAAGGAACAGAAGAUGGUGAGGAAGAGUGCAUCAUGCCUGGAAAGCGUAAAAGGUUGAACACUUCUGUCUUGUAUGACAGUGAUGAUGAAAGUGAGGACAGUGAUAUAGUUGUUAGAAAAGUUUUUGCUAAGCGCCACUGUAUAAUGGAUGAAGAUGAGAGUUCCGAAGAACAGCAGCCUGAUAAAACCUGCCCUACAGGAAGUGUUUCUACUAAUAGGAAACAGAAGGUGUUUGCAAAAUUGAAAGAACUUGCAAAACAAAGAGCAACUCGGAGAUCCUGCAGCAGUGAAAAUUGUGAGGAUUCUAAUGGUGAAUCAGACACAGAAGAGGAACCACUCUGUCACUUCCCCGUCACACCAACAGAAGUUAGUGAAACUGACAGUGACAGCAUGAAAGAUUUUAUAGUAGAGGAAGAUGACGAUGAUGACGAAGACGAAGACAACACAGAGCACAUAAAGAGUAAAAACCAGUCACAACAGAAGAAACUAAAUAUAUCAAAUAGCGAGUUGCUGGCAUACUACAUCCCAAACUUAUCUCGCUGUGAUCAUUAUGUACACUUCAAAAGAAUAGUAAAGGCUUUCCUCAUAAAUGCAAUUGAUGACACUUUUCUGAGCUCAUUAUAUGAUGGAACAAGAAAAAAGAAGUAUGCGAAAGAUAUGUUGCUCUCACUUCAUUAUUUGGAUGACCGCUUCAUUCAGCCUCGUCUUGAGAACUUAAUCUCUAGAAGUCGCUGGAAAGAUCGAUACAAGGAGCGUGUGGAUUGCUACCCAGAUGUUCGCAUAGUCUUGAAAAAUCCAGAAAAUAUAUCUUGUCAGGCCUGUGAAAUGAAUCGGUAUUGUAAAUUUCAUGUGCUGCUCUCUGGAAAGCUUUAUAAUAGUAGAACUUUGGAAGCAGAUGACUUCAUGCCAGAUGACAAGCAGGUUUUGAAGGUUGGCGUGGUGUGUGCAGAUCGUACAAGAGUUUAUCAUAAUUUGAAGCACUUCAAGUACAAAUUGUACGUGGAUUGCAGCUCUGUUACUGAGUUGGAUGGUGUUGAGGAUGAACCAGUCAAAGACACUGUCGAACGGCUUUUCAGCCAGUUGGAAGACAAUGGGUGGAUUCAGAAGAGAUACAAUGAUCUGGAAGACUACAUGAAUGAUGCAGACAGUUUCCAAGAAGAGAAAAUGGAUUAAGGGGCCAUACAGCUCUUUGAAAGAUGAAGUAAAAAUUUGAAUGGCCUGCUCUAUCUGCAUGCACUUUAUCUCUGCUUGGUCUUCAGGAUUCUUUUUAGGCUGUGUUAUGCUUAAAUCCAUAUGCCUUUAAGCUACUGUUGCAGAAUGUGCUCUAUCUUUUUUUUCUCAUCUGUGUCAAUAAUAACCCAAAGUUUUACCAAAUCAGUCCUUCCAGUCUUGCUGCAUAGGUCGCUUUAAGUUUCCUUCUUAAAAGGAAAAUUCUUAAAAAUAUCAUCUGAAUACCUGUUUACUUGUGAAAUAAAAAUUCCACCUACUUAUAUUGAGCUGCAUUGUAGGGAAGGUAGGAGAUGCUUAAACCUUUUGAAGUAGGUAUAUUUGGAAAGGUAGGGCUAUGUUAUACAAGAACGUAUGACUUGUAUCUUACCUUCCUUGUUAUAUGCAAGCAAGUCCAACCAUUUGGAAUGAUAGUUACGAUAAACAGGACCCAAAUGCAAAGAUCUAAUUCCCCUCUGAGGAAUCAGUGUAGACUGUUGCAAGGCAACAGAGGAAGUAUUCUGCAGUCCUGACUACGUUUGCGGCACAAUAGUCAUUCGUCUCUUCAGAGAGUAGGCGAUGAGUCACAUUAUAGGCGUCAUACAGACUGACUCUGUCUUAGCCAUCUAAAUGAACACUUGGGCCCACAGCGCUGUCUCUGAUAAGCAGCUGAGGCAAUUUACUGAGAUCUUAAACAUCAAAUUACGUUGUGCAAACAUAAUCGCAGCAACUUGCAGUAGCUAAAGAAUUAAGAAAAUGGAUUAAUGCGGCCAUGCAAGAUAAGCAAGAAUUCUUCCAAUGCAAUUUAACAGGAAGUAGGAGUUACUCAGAAUCGUGAUGCGUGGCUUACUUGAAUUGCAUGAAGCUCAAAUCAGAGUUCUUUGGGGCCAGGGGAGUAGAUUUUUGAGGAAUUAAGAAGGGAUAAGUACUGUAUUGUCCAUUCUGAAAAAUUGGCCAUGAUCCGGCAAUGUGCACUCGCAGCCCAGACAGCCAACCAUAUCCUGAGCUGCAUCAAAAGAAACGUGGCCAGCAGGUCGAGGGAGGUGACUGCCCCUCUGCUCUGCUCUGGGGAGACCCCACCUGGAGUACUGCGUCCAGCCCUGGGGCCCCGAGUACAGGAAAGACAUGGACCUGUUGGAGCGGGUCCAGAGAAUGGCCACAGAAAUGAUCAGAGGGCUGGAGCACCUCUCCUAUGAGGACAGCUGAGAGAGUUGGGAUUUUUCUGCCUGGAGAAGAGAAGGCUCUGGGGAGACGUCAUUGUGGCCUUCCAGUACUUAAAGGGGGCUUAUAAGAAAGAAGGAGAGGGACUUUUUACCAAGACCUGUAGUGACAGGACAAGGGGUAACAGUUUUAAACUGAAAGAGUGUAGAUUUAGAUGGACGUGAGGAAGAUUUUUUUUACUGUGAGGGUGGUGAGACACUGGAACAGGUUGCUCAGGGAAGUUGUGGAUGCUCCAUCCCUGGAAGUGUUCAAGGCCAGGUUGGAUGGGGCUUUGAGCAGCCUGGUCUAGUGGAAGAUGUCUCUGGCCAGGAUGAUCUUUAAAGGUCUUUUCCAACCCAACUUUGUGCUGUAUAUAAAAUUAAUUAGAUGUAGCCUAAGGUAAGAUGCAGGGAUCAGGGUUUUGAAUCAGGAACUGUUCCUAUAUCCUGCUGUAUGAACAUAUUAGUCUUUUGCGGCUGAGCAACUCGGUAAAAAGGGAAGGUAUUGUUAACACUCUAGAUUCUUUUAAGAAGUUGUUCUCUCAGAAGCAAAACUAAUGAAACCUCAUUUCUCAUGGGUUUGUCCAUAAGAACUCCCCCCUGCAUUCAUUACGUCACUCUACAGGUAACAGAUCUGCUGAUCGGCUAGGUGACUGCUGCCAGGUGUAUCACUUAAUGGUGAAUGUCUGUUGGAUUUUUUCCAUAGAAAUUGUACCUUAUAUUUGUCAUUCAGUACCUUUUUUCCAAAGUUCACUGUAAGAAAUGAACUGCUUUUAUAUUUUAAAGGGUUGAAAUUCAGCAAUGGUUUAUAUGCUAUUAGAGUGAGCUAACACCAGCAGUUCUUACUUGUACCACAUAAAGAUACAAGAUUUACAAGCCAAGAUGAAAAAUCCCAGUAAACAGAUUGAUAUUUACUCUCUGGUAAACUUGUGUUGAAGAUACUAUUUCCACACCUUAAUUGUGAGUUAGAUGUUGAGAGAUAUUAGUUGUUUAGCUUAAAUAAGUAAGUUUUAAUGACAAUAAAUUAAUUAAGGUUAUACUAUGGUGUGAUUUAUGCUGUUUGCCUAGCUAUACUUGCCAUGAGUAGCUAGAUUUGCUGAAGCCUUUAGGCCGCGAUAGAAUUAAUUUUCGUAGUAAUUUUCCUAGCAGCUGGACAGUGCUGUGUUUAGUCUUUCAGUAUAAGAAAAAUGUUGAUAACACACUGAUGUUUUGGUAAUGUUUUCCCUAAGUCUGGGACUUCUCAGUUCCCCAUGUUCUGCCAGCAAGCGCAGGUGCAUGAGAAGCAUAAACCAGAAGAUAUGGAGGCUCCAACCGUCAGCAGAGACUGCAAAUCAACAGGAGCGGUCAGUGGCCUGCCUGGACACAGAGAGGGAAUCCAAGAAGGUGUUAGAAGACCCCAGACCAAAAAUCACCAUUGGACUAAAAGAUGCUUGAACAGUGUGUGAGAGGCAGGUGUAGAGAUAGCAAGGUUUAAGGUCCCUCCCUUUUCGGAGGCACACAGCCCAGACUCACCUUGCUGCUGUAUCUUUCAAUUAAAUUUAUAAAUUUUAUAAUUUUAUAAAAUCUGACACCUGAGGCUCUGCUGCAGGAAACCUAGGGUCGAGCCUGAGGAAGGAGGGAGUGUGCCCGAGUGUGUGUGUGUGUGAGGAGUGGAAAGCAGCACCCGUUGUCUCAUUGGGGUCGCCUGCUGUUGAAGGGACCUUGGUCUGAGCAGUUAAAGACUCGGGUGGUGUGUGCGACUCCUUGGAUGGUGUGUGAAAGCUCGGGCAGCGGCUUCUCCUUUAACAUAGAUAUGUAAAUAUUCUGAGAUUUGAUACAUAGUAUACCUAUCUCCGUGGUUACCAAAGCUGAAGGAACUCUCUUUUCUUUUUCCUUCAUCCCUGUUCUGCUGGGAAUAUUGGUGGGAACACACCCAUCAACUUAAAAGUACUCAGGAAUCUAUCUUAAAUGCAUCCCUUUUAGUAAAAGUAAUGCCCCUCGAUGCUCCACUUCUUUCUGUUAACCAAAUCUCUGUACACUUUAGUUGGCUUCUCUAGAAGAAUAAAAUAACAUCUAUGGUUGGUGUAACUUUAUUCUUACAAAGGAAAACGGUUCUGAAAUAAAAGGGUUUUAUACCACAUAAUGGAGUACGUCCUCUCAGAGCCUUCCUGACUGGUCUUCAUUUCUGCUACCUUGCGAAUUUUCUGAAAACUCAAAGAAUGUACAAUUUUAUUUAAAAAUUUUGCUAUCAGAAUGAAUGGUCAAUUUCUCAUUUUGCCACAUUUAAACCAUCUGCUACCAAGUUAAAAAAAUAUUUUGGCUUGUUGAUUACUGAUAAUAUUUCAAGAAAACAUAUGUUUUGGCUGAAAAUGAAAAUUGGUGAAUUGUUCCAGUGAUUAAUUUUACUCAUUUUUUGAUAUCUACCACAUCCCAGAUCAUGUUUCUCACCUCCUCUUUGCUCACCUAGAAAGUGUGAGCAAUCUACUUCUUUCUUGUUCCUGCAGGGAUUUUUUUCCAGAUCUUCUAUUUUUCUGUUUCGAACAGGGAUACUAAGGUAUUCUCUCAGAGUUUCUUGGAAGAAAGGGCCUUCAUAGCUUUACUAAUUUUGCCUGUGACAUCACCAGUUGGGCUAAGAAAAUGCCUAGAAUUGACAUCACUGAUUUCUGUUUCAGCAGGGAACUGAUGUUUGAUCUGGCUUGGCAGGGGCUGACACAAUGUUUGUGUGUGUGUGUAGUCUCUCUCAUGCUUCGAUAUUCCCCGCAGAGAUUGGAGGAAGUGAUAAUAUUUCUGUGGCUGUUGUCUUACCUGAAGAGUUUCUGCAAGACAGAGGCUGUGAAGUAUCAUUGCAUCAUGUUUACAUUUGUCUUCACCACAGGAAAUUAAACAAUUGUUCAGAAGAGCCGUAUAUGUAAAAAUUUUAGAUCAAAUUUUCCACGGCAGGCUGUAAAUGCUGGCAGUUGUACAGCGUGAAGUACAAAGAGGACUCGUACCCCCCGAGACUUUCUAUAUAUAGAAAUGCUCAGUAAGAAUUUUUCUAGCAGAAAAUCUUUGUGCAAAUAUUUAAUGGUGGGAGAAGUCAGAAAUCUGACCACUCUUUCAUACCUCCUUUUCCACAUUAGAGAAUUUGAGUGGAGUUAAGGGGUGAGAGAAUAUGAUGUUUGUCCUGAUAGGAACAAUUUUAAUUGUCUUCAGUGUUAAUUUUUGAAGUGGUAUCUCUAAUUAAGAUAAAGUACCUGUCUUAAUGGAACAAUGAAGGGAGCUCAGUAUGUGAUUAGACUUGGAGCAGGUGAUUAAUGACCAUCCUUGCAAAUUACUUUAGUUCCUGUAAUGUUUCGAUAAUCUGCUCUAGUGUAAGUUCUGUGACUGGAGCCUAUGAUAAUGUUCACACAAGGUGUUUGUGCACAGGAUCAGCCUUACUAAUGUGAUGUAUUUCGGGGAAAGAAGCCCCUUUUUGUCUAUAUUCGAUGCCCAGUUCUUGGAGGGAAGUACAAAAAGAAGUGAUUUUUCUGCCCAUGUCCCUCAGUUUUUGGAUAGAACAUAAUUUGUGGAUCAAAUGGGAUGUUAAACUUUGCUAGUAGUAGAUAGCUGUUACUGUCAUUUUUUUUCCAACAGUGAAAGCUUCUCCUGUUUCCUAAAAGGAGUUAUUUCUAGCAGUUCAGCAGGCAAUUACAGGCAAUUCCCAUGCUUUAACUCCUCUAGUUUACUUUUAUUUGGAUAAAUAAAGACUUGUAGUUUUAUCCUUCUUUAGGUCUGUCUGGAUAAACAGAGUGGGCGUGUUAGAUAAAUACAUGUAAAUACAAUACCACUCCAAGAGAAAUAUCCAGCACACACAAAAUAGACUUUACAAAGCUGAAUUUCUGAUUCCGCUUUGAGAAAUAAGAAAUACCAUUUUCUAAUCUGAAUUUAGCGGUGAGACAAAAGAACGUAAGAAAGUAUGAUCUACCAACCAAGGAAUAAUAUGAGAAAUACAUGAAAUGGUAUCGCAAGAACCUGGUAAUAACCAUCUCAGUGGCUCCACUUCCCUGAAUAGUUUAUGUGAAUUUUGAUAUUUUUCUGGGUAAUAAGUGAUGGUGUGGGGUUGUUUGGGUUUUUGGGGCGUUUUUCCUGUUGAUUAUUAAAUAAGAUGUAGACACGGUUUCUGUAGAUUGCUCUGGGGAUUAUAUUCUUAAUUAAAAACCUGGUGUGUGUUCAAGAUGCCUUAUGUUACAGGUUACACAGAGCAGUAACUGCAUGCACCUUAUACACAAAAUUUAAAGACAAGAAAACUAACUCAGGUGCAGUGGACUGCGCUCCGAAAGUUAAACAGUUUACCAGGUGAGCUGCAUGGUACGUGAGCCUGCCUAAUUGUGACUACCGCAGGAAAUAACGUCUAGAUGUGGCACUUCAGGGCAUGCUCUAGUGGCAGAGAUUGUAGGUUGUUUGGUUGGACUCGAUGAUCUCAAAGGUCCUUUCCAACCAUGAAGAUUCUAUGAUUCUAUGAAAUACAUGUAUUUAGAACUGCCGUCAUUCAAAAUGGCUAAGAACCCGCACCAAAAAGCAAAUAAUGGAAACGGCUGAAAAUUCAAAACUCAGUUUGCAAAAAUCCUCCCCAGGAUUGAUAUGGAGCAUGUGCCGUUCCAGUGGAGUGAAUAUAACUUUGAAGUCAUGUGAUACAUGUUUUCUAAACACAGAUGAACAAGGUAUGUGCCUAGAUUUAAGCCAGUUCUCAAGUUUUUAAGUGACAUAAGUUCAGCACGGUCUUUUUGUUCCAUUUUUUGGAAGUUAUUAGCACAAUUGGACAUCUAUGGUGAGAAUUCCUGGCUGCAAACCCAGCACAAAUGUUUUGCAGAUCUGGAAGGGGCUGCUGAACUCAGAGUUCUCAGGCAGAAUUUCUGUGUGAAUUCUCAGUGAAUUCACACAGGAAAAAAAAUGGCCAGGCAUGACAGCUUAUGUGAGAUUGCAAUAUCAUGUAAAAUGUCACAAAUUAAUGUCGACAGAAGGAAAAAAAAAAGUAAUUACUUAUUCAGGACCUGGUAUGCUUAUGUUUUAUCAUGUGUGUGUUUAUUAGAACGCCUAUGACACCAAUCGCAAGCGAUUUUACCAUGACGUUGAGAACCAUUUGCUUUUAAAAAAGCUGACAACUAACCAAUCUAGAAAUGCUGGCGGUGUCCAGGGGCUGGUAACUUUCGACAGGGACUUCUGGAGAAAACUUGGAAAAGCUGCGGGAUGGAUUUCGGGUAUUUUCCUUCUCUGAAACGCCAGGGGCAGCAUUUGCUGUAUAUUGAGCAGCACAGCGCUGCAACCAGCUGUCUCUCGCUCUGAAAGGGAUCUGUUAAACCACAAAACAUAUGAGAUGCUGCUUGGCAAAAAAACCCCGUGAAUCUUAAACGUCUUAGGUUAAAAUUCAAAAAUCUUUGUUUUGAAAGCUCGUUCUCUGAGUUCUACAAAAUCUGGUAAGAGAGAGAGGAGUCCUGCAGCUACCCUGGUACCUUCCGGAGCAGCACCACUGAUUUCGUAUUCCCACAGCAACUUUGAAAACCCCAGCCAAGACUUGGUUUAAAACACCCCUGUUUAUUCUCCGUGAGGUUCAUGUGUUAUUGUUACACGUGCAUUCUCUGACUGACCCUCUUAAACACAGCAGGGACAUCUGGGCUAUAAAGAAUGAAUAAGAGCCCUAGCGAGGCCUGAAGAAAAGGUAACAUUGUCCAUUAUUUUACAAACAUUAAAAUUUCAUAUUUUUUCCCAA